AUGUCUACUGCUACAGCCUACAAGAGAAUGAAGAGCAAGGAAGACAAAUUGAGUUCUCUUCCGGAUGAUAUUCUGGCCAAUAUACUCUCUCGUCUCCAAAUCAAUUCCGCCGUUGCCACCUCCGUCUUAUCCCAUCGAUGGCGCUACCUUUGGACCGGUGUCACCACUUUCAAUGUACAUUACGUUUCCAAACCAGCCUCAAAUAAAUUCUCUACCGUUGUCGUCGACAUUGUUCGACAACUGACCUCUCAGACACUGCAUGUCUUCAAACUCAAGUUAAGUUCUCUGUCCAACUUAUGUAACCCUAGUGUUGCAGAUUCAUGUUUCCGUGAAGUUUGUGGCCGAAACGUGGAGCAGGUCAUUAUUGAAGAGGAUCUCCCUUAUUCUAAGGUUUGCUUUCCUAUUCCUUCGUUUCUGUUUUCUUCCAAAAAUCUGGUAGUUUUGAUAUUAAGAGGUAUGAUCAAGUUUAAUUCACCAGAAAAUACAGAUAUUCAACUUCCGAAUUUGAAGAAGAUUAGUUUAAACUAUAUGGUUGACGUCCCUCAACAGUUUUUGGGGAAUCUAUUUAGGUCUUGUCAAUGUUUGAUAGAUGCAAAAUUGAUAUUCAAUCACUAUAUAACCCAAUCCGAACCCCAGAUUGUUCUAAAUAUAUCAGCGCCGAAUCUGAGGUCGUUGCAAAUAAGAUUGUUGGAACAUAUGUACAACCAAAAGCCUAAAAUCCUCAUCGAUGCACCCAAAUUGGAGACCCUUAAUCUAGUGAGCUUCACAUCAGAUUAUUACUCAAUUCAGAAUCCGUCGAAAUUAGUCAAAGCAUCGAUUGACAUGUACUGGAAUCCGAGGCAUUUAGAUGGACAGGAAAUGUUCAAGUUUAUUUGGCAAUUGUCUAGUGUUAGGGAGCUUUCUCUCCUGCUAGCGCAUAAAGAGCAUACAAACCUAUAUCAUUGCCUUAACUCUGUAAAUCUCGGGACCUUUCCUAAUCUAGAACGUCUUGAAACGAAUCUAAAUUAUGGCGGCUGGAAGGAUUUGCUACUUUCGAUGAGAUGUUUUCCUAACUUAAGGCAUGUUUCGGUAUGCCUAACUAAUAUGGGUUAUACAAAUCCCGUAAUGGAUCCCAGGAAUUGGUGUGUACCAGAGUGUUUAAGUAAGUUGAAGAUGUUAGGCAUAUACGGACUAGAUGCUAUUGAUGAUGAGCUCGUGUUGCUGGAGUACAUUCUACGUAAUGCACUUGUAUUGGAAAAGCUUUAUGUAGUGCGUGGUAGAUGUAUUAUUGGUGAAAAAGACGAUCGAUUAAGGGGAAUGUGUAAUUUUUGUGAGUCUUUGUUCCGUCUAGCCAGGGCAUCUUCAACUUGUGAGAUUGUGUUUAGUUUACGUGGGCUCGAAACGUCAAGUGAUGAUUGGGAAAACGGAAUCACCCUUACACCUGAAAGAACCAGACGUUAUUUUUGUAAACUUUAG